AUGGCACCUUACAUUCAAGGAUGCGUUCAGGAACCCGCUGGCACCGAUCCCACCUCUAAGUAUACUCUCCAGUCUAAGAGCACGGUGCUCAACCACGACCAGGUCCUAAAGCCCGUCGCAGACGAUUUCAUGUACAAUUUCAAGUACAACCAUAGUCUCCCCACUACCAGCACUCUAGGCGUUGAGAUCCCGAUUGAUUGCAAUGCUCAAAAGGAGGCCGAGAGUAUCGUAGCGCGUCUCUCUACAGCCACAUCAGAGGGAGAUGCGCAAGCUUUCGCUGAGCUGUUCCUUGAUUAUGGCGUGUGGCGUGACAAGCUCUCAUUUACCUGGGACUUCCGCACAUUCAACUUCAAAGAGGCCAUCUUAAAAGCCGCUGUCGACCUUCUGCCUCAAACCAAGGCUAGACAUUUCAACUUUCUCGAGCCUGCGCCUUCCGUGUCUCGCCCAUACCCUGAUUUCGCUCAGCUGCAAUUUGUUGUAUCAUUUGAGACUGAGAUUGUCUUUGCUUCGGCCGUCAUCAACGCAGUACUCACUCAAAAUGGCUGGAGACUUUACACCAUGCAUACCGUUGCCGAGAGUCUCAAGCAAUUCCCCGAGCAGGCUGCACCAGAUGGACAUAUGAUCGGUGUCACUAGCUGGGAGAGUGAGAGAUCCGAGGCUAUCAACACUGUUGACCCCGAGGUGCUGAUCAUCGGUGGUGGCCAAAACGGUUUGGCUAUGGCAGCACGCUUGAAAGCACUUGGUAUGGAAAACCUGAUCAUCGAACGUAGCGAUGAAAUCGGAGAUAUCUGGAAGAAGCGUUAUGAAUAUCUUUCACUGCACUUCCCUCACUGGCCCGAUGCCCUACCAUACUUCAAAUACCCUCAAUAUUGGCCCACCUAUACCCCGGCUCAGAAGCAGGGUCUAUACAUGAAGUGGUAUGCCUCCGCUUUGGAACUCAAUGUCUGGACGAAAUCGGAGGUCGUGAAGGCCGAGCAGGACAGUGCGGGUAAGUGGACCGUUGUAAUCAACAAAGAAGGCAAGGAGUCUCGUACACUGCACCCUAAACAACUCAUCAUGGCAACAUCUUUAUGCGGUCUCCCUUCCAUGCCGGCUGUGCCUGGGAUGGCUGAAUUCCGAGGCGUGGUCCGUCACUCCAGCGCCCACAAGAGCGCCCGUGACUUUGUCGGACAGAAGGUCUGCGUCGUCGGUACCUCAUCCUCGGGCUUUGACACAGCUUACGAGUGCGCCCGCCUGGGAAUUGAUGUGACCCUCGUCCAGCGGUCACCGACCUACGUUAUGUCUUUGACCCAUUCUGUUCCACGCAUGCUGGGAGGUUACGCGCCCGACAAGAAUGGAAACCUCCCCGAUACCAACGUACAGGAUCGACUCAUGUUCUCUACGCCAGUUGGACCCGGAGAGGAACUCGCCAGGCGCACUGCGAAAGUUCUCGAGGACCUCGACACACCCCUACUCGAAGCUCUGAACGCUCGAGGUCUGCGAACAUGGCGCGGGCAGCGCGAUACUGGCAACUCCACACUAGGCCAGACUCGGAACGGCGGAUUCUACUUUGAUGCCGGUGCUUGCGAGGAAAUUAUCAAUGGCAACAUUAAGGUGGAGCCAGGCUUCAUUGAGAAGUUUACUGAAGAUAAGGUGAUCUUGAAUGGCGGCCGCGAGAAGGAGUUCGACCUAGUCGUUUUUGCCACCGGAUUUUCGAACACGAUCGACUCUAUUCGAGCCACCCUUGGAGAGAAGAUUGCCAGCCAAUGCGGACCUAUUUGGGGUAUUGAUGAAGAAGGCGAGUAUAAGACCGCCUACCGGGAAACGGGAGUGCCCAACAUGUGGAUCAUGGUUGGUUUCCUUCCAAUGACCCGGUAUGCCUCCAAACUAUUGGCUUUGCGACUGAAAGCUCUAAAGGAGGGCAUUUCACCCCCUCCUUACAAAAUUCAGGUUCCAUAG